CCUCACGUAGCAAAUAAGCAAAUAAUUACAUUUUUUUGUUGACCAAAUUCCACACUUUCAUUGACUUCCAUUCAAAAACCCUUGCAUUGUGGGCGAAAAAACGCCACCUGCUGGAGAAGACAGAUUUGGGGCCUCAAGUCUCGGUGAAUAGGAGUAGACCAACAGAAGGUAAGCUUCGUGAUACACCAACCAUCUAGUGACCCCCCUUCCCUUUCGCUUACAAUGCGCCUCUCCCCUUCUUCAACGAUCGCUUUGGUUGAAUCCAAAACAGAACAUCAUGGCGAUUGAUGGUGGUGAGCGCAACUGCGGAGUACAUGAGCUCAUCUGCAUCAGAAAAGUCUCUCCAGAGACGCUGGGGUUUCUGACGGCCAUCGGACUCUUCCUCAUUCUGAUGACCAUCCUGUUCUUAUACCUCAAAAACAAGCUGUCACUUGAGAAUGCUGGGAGCCGGCCAUGCCUAGACGAGUUCAGGAAAACCAAGGAGUUGCAAGAAAAUAUCUACCCUGACGGUGACCUGAAGGGUUCAUCGUCAGACAGCGAGGAUGAGGUGAUGGGCCAGUACCAAGAAGCAGUCAACCGAUCGCAGGGUCUCCGAGGCGGGGCUAGCGGCAGCCAGUCGAAUGGCUACGGCUGGGAGAUGAGGCAGAAGUACAGCCCCCUAUCAGCCGAGUAUGACGGCUACAGCAGCGAGGCUUCGGCAGAGGACGCGAACUGCAUCCAGAGGAUGAGGCGAACGCCCCCGCUGGAUGAGCUUCAACCACCACCGUACCAGGACGAGGACGGCUCCCCGCGGAUGUCCUACACACCAUCAGACCUGGGCGACGCCAAGUGCAACCUGUCCCAAAACAGCGACAGUCCCCAUCACUCCUACGGCAAGUGUCCGAGCGAGGCCAGCAAUGGACAGGAGACAGAGAGUUACCUAAACAAGGGGUAUGAGGAGGACAUACCCAGCGACAGCACAGCUGUGCUCAGCCCAGAGAAGCCCUUAUACAGGUCAUGGUACAAGAGCAACGAUAAGCUACGUCGAAAACAUAAGGACAUAUCAGCCCGGGGGUCAGCGUCUCAGCUCCCCAAGGGCUACGAACCGGAACCCCUGGCCAAAUAUGGCACUCUGGAUGUGGUGUUCGACUACAACUCCCAGGACCAGCGGCUGGCGGUGACGGUCACAGCCGCAACAGACAUCCCAGCCCUCAAGCGUACAGGCAACGUUGCCUGGCAGGUACAUCUGGUGCUGCUGCCCACAAAAAAGCAGAGGGCGAAGACGUGCAUCCAGAAAGGGCCCUGCCCGGUCUUCACAGAGACCUUCCGCUUCAGUCACGUGGAGUCAGAGAUGAUCGGCAACUACUCCAUUCGAUUCCGUCUCUACAGCGUGCGGCGGAUGAAGAAAGAGAAGGUGCUGGGAGAGAAGGUGUUCUACCUCACCAAGCUCAACCUGCAGGGCAAGAUGUCGGUGCCGGUCAUACUGGACCCCUGCUGUGCCUUCCCUCAGGGCGGUGAAUCCCAGGCUAGUAUAUCGGAGAUGUCCUGCAGCGAAAGUGCCUCUUCAUUCCAGUCAGCCAGCCAAGGCUCCACACCAGAGAUCUUGGUAGGGCUCGUCUACAAUGCCACCACGGGCCGUCUCUCAGUGGAGAUCAUAAAAGGCAGUCACUUCAAAAAUCUGGCUGCCAACAAGCCACCCAAUACAUAUGUCAAGCUGACCUUAUUGAACUCAAUGGGCCAGGAGAUGUCCAAGUGUAAGACGUCGAUCUGUCAUGGCCAGCCCAACCCUACAUACAAGGAGACGUUUGUCUUCCAGGUUGCCCUCUUCCAGCUGUCAGACGUGACGCUCAUCCUCUCCGUGUACAACAAGCGCAGCAUGAAGCGCAAGGAGAUGAUCGGUUGGAUCUCGCUAGGCCUCAACAGCUCUGGAGAGGAGGAACUCACUCACUGGACCCAGAUGAAAGAGUCCAAAGGACAGCAGGUCUGCCGGUGGCACAGUCUGUUGGAAUCAUAGACCGACAGAAUACAGGAGGAAGCAAAGGUGGUUGAGAAGAAGGAAGAGAGGGAUGGGGAACAGGGACACGGCUAAUCCCAUAGGUGUCUCUGCUCAGGUGAAACAUUCUUUAUGUGGACUGGGUUGAUGGGUUGGGCAUGGUGGGUGGUGUUAUGUGGUCUAGGCGAUGGCAAAUGACUUGACAGUGUUACUUAAUAUGCCAGCUUUUUUAAAUCGUCUUUGAUUAGGAUGAACACUUGUCAAAGCUGAUACGAAAUUCCCUGCUGGGUCCUAUCAUCUUGUCAUGGUUGCAACACAUUUACAAUUUGACACAUUGGGUGAAAUAUUUACAGUGCAAAAUCUGUGCAGUAAUUGAAAGAGAUCAUAUUACUUCAAGAGUGCUUACUGCUCCAUCUAUUGUUUUCACAUGUAUUUGGGAAGCCAAGAUAGAUACAGUAUGUAUUGCAUAUCUGCGCUGUUUAAUGCUAAACCUGGAUGAAUCAUCAAUUCUCUCACGUAAUUGUACAAUGAGAGGAAUAUGAAUACAUUCUGUUUUGACAAUAGCAGUGCUCUUUCUCAUUGUUAAGUACUUACAGUGCAUUCGGAAAGUAUUCAGACCCCUUGACUUUUUUCACAUUUUGUUACAUUACAACCUUAUUCUAAAAUUGAUUUAAUAAAAAAAGUUCCUCAUCAAUCUAUAUACAAUAUUCCAUAAUGACAAAGCAAAAACAGGUUUUUAGAAAUAUUUGCAAAUGUAUUAAAAAUAAAACCCAGAAAUAACUACAACUUGAUUGGAGUCCACCUGUGGUAAAUUUUAUUGGUUGGACAUGAUUUGGAAAGGCACACACCUGCCUAUAUCGGUCUCACAGUUGACAGUGCAAGUCAGAGCAAAAGCAAAGCCAUAAGGUCCAAGGAAUUGUCCAUAGAGUUCCGAGACAGGAUUUUGUCGAGGCACAGAUCUUGGGAAGCCUUCCAAAAAAUGUCUGCAGCAUUGAAAGGUCCCCAAGAACACAGUGGCAUCCGUUCUUAAAUGGAAGAACUUGAAAUCACCAAGACUCUUCCGAGAGCUGGCCGCCCAGCCUAACUGAACAAUUGGUCAGGGAGGUGACCAUGAACCCGAUGGUCACUCUGACAGAGCUCCAAAGUUCCUCUGUGGAGAUGGAAGAACCUUCAAGAAGGACAAUCAUCUCUGCAGUACUCCACCAAUCAGGCCUUUAUGGUAGAGUGGCCAGACUGAAGCCACUCCUCAGUAAAAAGGCACAAGACAUCCCCCUUGGAGUUUGCCAUAAGACACCUUAAGACUCAGAUCAUGAGAAACAAGCUUCUUUGGUCUGAUGAAACCAAAACUGAACUCUUUGCCUUGAAUGUCAAGCUGCACGUCUGGAGGAAACCUGGCACCAUCCAUAAGGCGAAGUGUGGUGACAGCUUCAUGCUGUGGGGAUGUUUUUCAGCGGCAGUGAGUGGGAGACUAGUCAGGAUCGAGGGAAAGAUGAACGGAGCAAAGUACAGAGAGAUCCUUGAUGAAAACCUACCCCUUAGCACUCAGGACCUCAGACUGGGGUGAAUUUUCACCUUCCAACAGGACAACAACCCUAAGCACACAGCCAAGAAAAAGCAGGAGUGGCUUCAAGUCUCUGAAUGUCCUUGAGUGGCCCAGCCAGAGUCUGGACUUGAACCAGAUCAAACAUCUCUGGAGAGAUCUGAAAAGAACUGUGCAGCGUCACUCCCCAUCCACCAUGACAGAGCUUGAGAGGAUCUGCACAGAAUAAUUGUAGAACCUCCCCAAAUACAGGUGUGCCAAGCUUUUAGUGUCAUACCCAAGAAGACUCUAAGCUGCUUUCGCUGCCAACGGUGCAUCAACAAAGUACUGAGUCUAAAUACUUAUGUCGUUUGUGAUAUUUCAGUUUUGUAUAUUUUAUACAUUUGCAAACAUUUCUAAGACCUAUUUUUUCUUUGUCAUUAUAGGGUAUUGUUUGUAGACAGUCAAAACAUCAAUUUAAUCAAUUUUAGAGUAAAGCUGUAACGUAACAAAAUGUGGAAAAAGUCUAGUGGUCUGAAAACUUGCAGUGUGUUUUGCAGUGUGUUUUGAGCUGUGAGCUUGCAUUCUGACAUCAAGAACAGAUCUUGAAUUGUGGUGGCAUUUGCUCUCUUGCAUUUGCUACCAUGAAAACCAUUUAAAAUUGCAAAUAGUUGCACAUCAUACAUGUUUUUGAACUCUAUCAAUCAUAAAAUAUAAUGCAAGUCCUUUAUAUUGCAGAACUUUAUGUUUAUGCAUUGUUUAUAGUACAUAGGGCAAGCAAAUUGGCUUCUCCAAACAGUGACCUGGUAGAGUUGUGACAUGUUUUGGGGAUUUAGAGAUAACGAUCGAUUAUUACUCUAGAAAGUAAACAAAAUUAUUUAACAUAUUGUAUAGAUAAAUAAAAACGAGGCUAUUAAAAUACCUUUAUUUUUAUGAAUAACAAAUACAGUGUGUCCCUAAGUUUA